UUGUUUUAAAAGUUUAAAAACAUGGUUGUAAGCUGGCCAAAUUACCUUAUGAACCUGCGCAAAUAAAGCGUAGUUCAAAAUAUUUAUAAGUCGAAGGCUGAAAGGUUUUUCUUUGUGGUUAAAGAUUUCUAGGAAUGAACUAAUGCCUGUUUAUUUUACUGAACUAGUUCCCGACGAAAAAUAUGAUAGAAUUUAUUAAAUCUGGUGUGAUAAAGUACGUUAUCCUUAUAAAACCAGUUUCAUGUGUUAUUUGUAAAAGGCAAUAUAAUUUAGUAUCCGUUUAGACAAAUGCUUUUUCAACAUUGAGCUGUAUUUUUUUACAACAGACAACUAAAUUUUAAAAUUACAGGAAAAUGUGGAUCACAAGUUUGAUUUGUUCCGGCUGGUAAAAACUAAAAACAAUGCUUCCUUUAGGAUGAUACAUCAACACUAUGGCAUCACUCUUUGCGGUGGGUAGAAACUGGGAAUGCAGCGCUUAUUUUCUGUUAACUUUAACAAAUAAAUCCGACGCCAAUGUAAAGACGUGUGGCAUAUUUAAUUGAAACUCUGUUGCAAUUGCGCUUGUCACUUAGAAUUUUAUUCUUAUUUUACUCAGCAAUUGAAAUUUACUUUAUGUUUCUACGCCAUGCUGAAAGACGAAAUUUCCAGCGGGAUCUUAAAUAUAAAAGUUUUUAUGACCAAUGAUUUCUAUAAUCCACAGCAAAAUUAUGCUUAACCUAAAAACAUAACACCAGAGAAUAGCGAGAAUCAGCUGAUAAAUGGCAAAAUUCUUAUCAUCUGCGUUUUUAUUCUUAGAGAGAAAAUUUAACCCUGUAGUGAAAGUCACGUUUCCAUAUAUUUUUCCUAACGUAUAAUAUUAGUGGACGAAAUAAAAACUCCUGUGUAUUUUCGUGGUAUUUUCUAUCUGUGGAAUUACUGGGUACGUUUAUUUUCAAAUAAUUGUAAACUGAAUCUAUGCUAUGCAGUAUCGUAAUGUAUCGUAUUGCAGUAUUCGAUCAAAUGGAAACGAUUAUUAAUUAUCACUGACAUUUAAAGGUCAAGUUUUUAGUCAACCAAUCAGAUUUAGUUUCGUUCCGAUACCUACCGCGAGGCGGCACUUGUGGCGGUUUUGUUUUUGCGUCACAUUGAUUUGAAAUUUUUGGUUCUUAUUUUUCAUUUUUGGUUGGCCGUUUGUGUCAUAAAUUAUAAUGGCGACUUAAGGAGAACGUUAUAGAAAAUAUGUUUGUCCUGCUUUUACUGAGACUUCAAUUCAAGGAAUAGGUACUUAGAUACUGCUUUUUCCUCAACCUUCCGACCAGAAUGAAACUGUUUUUGCUGAUCGUCGCGUUUUGGAUGGAAAACUUCGCGUGCCAAGAGUUAGUUUCGCCAUGUCCGAGAAUAUUUCAAUACGAGCGAAAAGCCGGCGAGAAUGACAGGUGGUACGGAACUGCAACUCUGACUUCUACUUACGAACUGCUGGGCGUUUGGUUCAAAGUUUUCUUAGAUAAACCCUCCAUACAGUUAGGGAAUUGGUUCGGUGAAGUGAGGGCGGCGGACAACAACACCGAAUACUUGAUCCACAACAAAAACUACAAGGUAGCACCGAAUACGAAUUUCACCGUCAAGUUUUACAUAGUGUACGAUCCUAACGAGCCGCCCCCGAAAUUACUCACUUUCCGUCUCAACGCCAGAGAGCUGUGCCCGGAAAGGCCUGCGACUACGCCGGGCCCCGUCAUCACUGGUCAGCUGUUCACGAACCCGACCACUUCGAAUGCGAUUCCGCCGCCUCCAACCACCGCCAAACCGCUCUCGAUUAACCCCGCGGCACCAAAUCAAAACACAGGGGUUGUUUUCCAGAGGCCCGUGUUCAGACCUGAAGUGGGCGGGAAUGCGGAUGAAGAGUACUUCCAGUCGGACUUUAGUCAGUCCGCGCAAAUAGAACAGAAUGUUUUGGGCGACGCGUGCGGCACCGUCAUCAAACAACCCAGACCGCUCAUUACCCACGGACAGGAAACGGUGGGUGGCGAAUUCCCUUGGCACGCUGCCCUUUACCACACUCGCGGCAUCGAUCUGACGUACAUUUGCGGCGGGUCUUUGAUCACCACGCAACACGUCAUCACUGUCGCUCACUGCGUCACCAGGCGGAAAACGAACGAACCUCUGAGCCCGAACAAUCUGGUCGUUUAUCUAGGAAAGUACUACUUGACGGUGUGGAAACAAAAUCCCGGCAUACAAAAUCGGCAAGUUAGUAAGGUGAUCGUCUAUCCCAAGUACUUCCCGCAGAAUUUCACUCACGACAUCGCCAUUUUGAAGCUGGAAACCGCGUGCGAUAUCACCAACUGGGUCAGGCCGGUGUGUCUGUGGGAGGGGGCCAGCGAUCUUCAGAACGUCGUCUCCAAGUUGGGCACCGUGGUCGGUUGGGGUUACGACGAAAAGGGCAAAGUGUCGGAAGAGCUGACCAAAGCUCACAUGCCCAUCGUCUCGCAGCUCACGUGCGUGUAUUCGCUACCCGAUUUCUACUCCAGGUUCACCUCGGUGUAUACGUUCUGCGCAGGCUUUAAAAAUGGUACAUCGGUUUGCAACGGCGACUCCGGGGGAGGUUUGGUCCUACCCAAACCGGAGUCCGAUCCCAAAAAUCCAGUGUGGCAGAUCCGGGGCCUGAUAUCCAUAAGCGUCGCGCUCCAAAACCGGUUCCGAUGCGAUUCUUCCCACUACGUGGUCUUCACGGACGUGGCCAGGUACAUGGAUUGGGUGCACAAAGCUCUACUAGUGUGA